AACUUUUUCUGUCUUUUCUUGUGAUUUUGACUAAUUUUACUUUAUAUCUGUUUAUGUUCUAUAUAUGUUUGUCAUUUAUCAAUUUUGUUUAGGUUUUGUUGGUCAAUUUGUGAUGUUUCUGUAAAAGGGUAUUCCUCUGCUAGUUACUAUUCAAUUAAAGUUGACUUUUAUUUUGAUUGGAGAAACAGCUGUUUUUGUAAGUCAUCCUGUAGAGCUUAUCAAAAUAGCUAAAAGCAAUUUAUGGACAUGCCCUAUGCUUUUUCUUUGAGCUCUUUGAAAUCGUAGUGUUUAUGGUGGUAAAUAAGCUCAAAUAAGUCCAUUCAAAUUGGUUUUGUUCCGUUGUAAAACGAGAGUUGUUUGAUGAACGGUGAAGCAAGUGCUUCGUUACAGUGGUCUUGAGCUUCUGGUGCGGCGGAGAGGGGCCGACCUGUAAGAUUAGCACUUCAACGUCCAAGUCAGUGAGAGAAUCAAAAGUGAUGUCAGAGUGGAAUGAAUUUGAAUACUCGAGAAUGACACGCUUUCUUUCUUUUAUAGUGGGGGUGGAUCGUGGAUCGUGGUCAGCCGUCUGUUUGAUCCGGAUGGUAAUGCUUCAGAGGUUGAAUUGUGUGCUUUAGGCGAGGAUAUAGGAGGAACACCUGUUUCUCGCAUGUACUUCCUUGCUUCACCUCUGGCCUUUCCUCCUGGGGCCUUGUGAGCGGCCCUGAGCUUAUUUUUAUGUUGAGCUAUAAGUUAAAGGACUGUUGCUAUGUCAAUUGCACCAAUUGAUAGCAUAGCUUCAUUGAAUAGUGAUCUCUUCUAUGACAUAUUACGACGACUUGAUGGCUCCACAUUAGCUAGUUUAGCUUGUACUUGUGAAGCUUUUUGUUCCAUCUCAAAAGAAGAGAGUUUAUGGGAAAACGUAUGUGCAUCUGUGUGGCCUUCAACCAAUAGGGAGGAUGUCAAAAGUUUAAUCUCCUUUAUCGGCGGUUUCAGAAAAUUCUACGCCGAUUGUUUUCCUCUUAUCAUAAACAAGGAGGUCGGAGAGUAUCACUGGAACAACUACCUUGAGUAUCUUGAUGAUUGGACCGAAGCCGAAUACUACGGGGAUACAAAUGAAUUCGAAAGCAUCACACCAUCGGAUUUCAUUUCCAUUGUAGACAUUAGGUUUAAGGGAAAACCAAUCUGCUCCAAAGUUCUAUCCGGAAUUCCAAAUGCGAACGAUAACGCUGGUUGGUUCUACAACUGUCCUUUUCGUAUCGAUCUCCUCACGUACGCUGAUAGAGAUGACAACAAUGACGGGGAGGAGGAGGUGACUAUUUCCGUAACCGACGGUCUUCCACCAAUUACAUCAAUGGAAAGAGAAAGGAAAGACGGGAAACUAUGGCACGAGCUUCGUGACGGUCUCCUUCUUAGUUGGAUAUUAGUAAACAAGAAAAUAAAGCAAGCUGCUAAUCUUGCUAGCUGGAGUCCUCUAGACGGUCAAAGACAUUGGCCGACGGAGAAAGACUUUGUCAUCCGAUUCGGAUCGGUUCUGCCCGCGAAGGACAUUCUACCUUCGCAAGUAGUGCAAUGUAUCCUUGUUAUGAAGUUUAGAGUGGUUCACAUUGAAGAAGAAGGGUUUGAAACUAGUCUUAAGUUAACAGAACUUAGCAUGCAGUUAGAAGACAUGGAAGGCUCCCAUGUUAAUGGAAAAAACAGUUUGCAUAUUCUUAAGGAAGCACUUAGUUGCAGAAGGAGCAAGAAUUAUAGUGAAGCUAUUGAAUCCUGUCAUAUGUAUUCAAAAGUGCAAAAUGAGUUGAAAGAGGAGAAGAUGAGAAGUGAAAGUAGGUUGGAUACAUUUUGUAUUGUAACUGGGAUUGCUGCUUUUAUGACAUUCUGGUACUAUGUUUUGUGAAAAAAUUGUUGGAUUUUGGAGACUCGUUUUUGUAAGAUAAAAUCCUUAUAAAGUAGUAAUUAAUUGAUCAA